AUGUCAGCCAUGUCCAACGGCGUGCGCAAUCUACGCGCAAUGUUUGAGAACGGAAACGCCGCUGCCUCGCCUGAGCCCCGCGGCCGCUCCCCUACAGACAAUGCAGCUGCGACCGACGCUCAAGAGCGCCCCAAGUCAAAAGUGCGCGCUUCCUUUGUCUCCGUCGAGCCUACCGUCGCCCAUCCCCCGACCGCCUCGACCGACCUGGGCCAGACCAAGGGCACGCCCUCGAAUAGCGUCGCCGCGACCCGACGAGAGAGCUUCCGCGUGAGCCAGGACAAAACCGACGAGCUUGCUGAGCUCAAAAAAGCCGUCAGCGAGGAGAAAGAACAGCGCAGACAGAGCGUCGCCAUCCCGGAAGCUGUUCCAGAACAGGCUGUCGCAUCGCAAGAAUCCUCAUUACCAGCUCCGCCUAUGCACGCCGACUCGACCGCCGACAUGGUCAACCUGGGCGCCAUCAUGAAGGGCUCCGACUUUCCCGACUCUGCUUUUGCAGCCGCGAAGAAGGAGGCAGCCGUCGUCGUGCCAGCUCCUGAGAUUGACCAAAUCCCAGUCGAUGAGACUCCAGCCGAGACUCCAGCCGAGACCAAAGAGAGUGUCGCUGAGGCCGCCCCAGUCCCCGAGCCCGAGCCAGCUCCCGCCCAGCCUGCAGAGAACCCAGACAAAGCUACUACAGGCGCGCAGGAGGAUGUUGCGCUCAAGCCUGCAGUCCCCACCGAGGAAGCUAUUGUAGAAGAGGAGAGCAAGCCUGCGCUUGAGGAAGCUGCCGUCGACGAUGACGUUGUUGUUGCUGAGGAAAACGCCAUUGCGGAGGAAGCCGCUGUCGUCGAAGAAGCUGCCAUCGCAGAGGAGGUUGCUGGCGAAAAGGAAGCUGCCGCCGCGAACGAAGAGCUAUCUGCCCCUGCUCCAGCCACUGCCCAACCUGCUGAGAACCCAGACAAGCCUGUGACCGGAGUUCAGGAAGAGCUUGCCCUACGGCCAGCAGCGCCCACUGAGGAGACUGCGGUCUCCGACGCGCCUACUACUCCUUCUGCGCCUACAGAGGUCGCAGCUUCGAGCGAUGAACCUGCUGCGGAAGCUGCUGUACCGGCUGAGAGCAAAGCAAAGGACAAUGGAUCUCCUGCGACUAAGAAGUCGGAGCUGAAGAAGCCUGCCGCAAUUUCUACCACCAAACCUACCAAGGCACCUGCCGCACCCGCCAAAAGCCCACUACCUAAAGCUGCACCGAAAACCCCUACCAAGGCCAAGACACCUGCCUCCAUUCCGAAGCCUAGCCCCGUAAAGACUACGAAGCCGGCAGCUGCGCCAAAGCCAGCAGCUCCAGUCAAAGCGCCCACCGCCAAACCUCCUGUAACAAAAGCUCCAGCGGCCAAAGUUCCUACAGCAAAGACGAGCCGCACUUCUCUGCGACCAGCAGCAUCAUCCUCUUCAGCUACAGCGCCUACGGCCACUGCCGCAGCUAAAGCUAAGCCUGCUGCUGCGCCUGGGGAGAACAAGAAGCCUGCAAUCCCCAAGCCAACCACCUCCGCCCCACGUAAAAGCACCUCACCAACUGGCUUCAAGAAGCCAACCCCGAAGUCGCCUACCCGUCCAGUCGGCCUGCCAUCUCGCCUGACCGCGCCCACCGCUGCCUCAGCUGCCAAACAUGGCGAGGAGCCCAAGGUCACACGCAAGCCGUCCACUACAACCCGUGCUGCACCACCAAAGACCGCGGCACCAAAAACCUCGCGAACGUCCCUCGCACCCAGCGCGCCCAAGCGACCUGAAUCACGUACCUCAACUGCAAGCGCUGCGCCUAAAGGGGGAUUCCUUGAGCGUAUGAUGCGACCAACAGCUGCCAGCUCCAGCAAGACACACGACAAGCCCCACGAGAAGGCUUCGUCUCCACCCCGUAAAGCUCCAGCAGCUUCCAAGCCUAGUACUCUACAGAAAGGAAAGAAGAAGGUAGAAGAGGUCGCGGCCAAGGCCAAGGAAGUCGUAACGAACGGACACUCUGAAGAGCACAAGACUGAGGAUGAGCCUGUAAAGGAAGCUGAGCAUUCUGAGCAGGCAUCUGAAGACGCCACCAUCAGUGAGACACCAGAAGAACCAGAGAAGGCCGCCACUCCAGUCCAAGAUGUGGAAUCGUCGGUCGCAGAGAUUCAGACACCAAACUUCCAGGAGGAGACCAUCCGUCAAACAACACAGCCACAGCGAAGAUGGCAGUCUGCGGCCGCCCAAGUGUUGGAGCAGGCCAAGGAAGACCCGUCUACCUUGACGCAAGAGAAAAUUGUCGAGAACCUAGACCCUGUCGAAUGGGAGCGAUUAUCGAGAGUACGAAACAUUGGCAUCGCAGCACACAUCGACUCUGGAAAGACGACCGCCACCGAACGCGUCCUCUUCUACACCGGCCGAAUCAACGCUAUACACGAAGUCCGAGGCAAAGAUGCCGUGGGUGCGAAGAUGGACUCUAUGGAUCUCGAGCGUGAGAAGGGUAUCACUAUCCAGUCCGCUGCGACUUUCUGUGAUUGGAUCAAGAAGAAUGACGAAGGCAAGGAGGAGAAAUACCACAUCAAUUUGAUCGAUACACCCGGCCAUAUCGACUUUACCAUCGAGGUGGAGAGAGCGCUGCGCGUCCUGGAUGGAGCUGUCAUGAUUCUUUGUGCUGUUAGUGGUGUGCAGAGUCAGACCAUCACCGUCGACAGGCAGAUGAGGCGAUACAAUAUUCCUAGAAUUUCUUUCGUGAACAAGAUGGACCGUAUGGGCGCCAACCCAUGGAAGGCUGUCGACCAGAUUAACCAGAAGCUUCGCAUUCCAGCUGCGGCCCUCCAAGUACCCAUUGGACGCGAGGACGGCUUUUUGGGCGUCGUAGAUCUGGUCAGGAUGAAGGCGAUUUACAACGAAGGACCCAAGGGUGAAAUUAUUCGGGAGACGGACGAAAUUCCUGCGGAUAUCGUUGAGCUCUGCAAGGAGAAGAGACAAAAGCUCAUCGAGACACUUGCCGAUGUCGAUGACGAGAUCGCGGAGCUCUUCUUGGACGAGCAGGAACCAACGAUCCCCCAGAUCAAGGCUGCAAUUCGACGAGCUACCAUUUCUCUCAAGUUCACCCCAGUCAUGAUGGGUUCAGCACUUGCAGACAAGUCUGUCCAACCGAUGCUCGACGCCGUUUGCGACUACCUACCGAACCCUUCCGAAGUCGAGAACAUGGCAUUGGACAAGAAGCGAGCGGAAGCUCCGGUCAAACUGGUCUCUUACAACUCAUUGCCAUUUGUCGGUCUGGCUUUCAAGUUGGAAGAGAGCAGUUUUGGACAAUUGACGUACAUCCGUGUGUACCAGGGUACCUUGAGAAAGGGCAUGAACGUAUUCAACGCGAGGUCAGACAAGAAGGUUAGGAUUCCAAAGAUUGUGCGCAUGCACUCCAACGAUAUGGAGGAGAUUCCCGAGAUUGGUGCCGGAGAAAUCUGCGCCGUAUUCGGUGUCGACUGCGCGUCUGGAGAUACCUUCACAGAUGGUGGCCUCGGAUACACUAUGACCUCCAUGUUCGUCCCUGAACCCGUCAUCUCGCUGUCAAUCAAGCCCAAGCACACCAAGGACACACCGAACUUCAGCAAGGCUAUGAGCCGAUUCACGCGCGAAGAUCCUACUUUCCGAGUCCACACCGACACUGAAUCGCAAGAGACCAUUAUUUCUGGUAUGGGAGAAUUGCACCUCGAUAUCUACGUGGAGCGCAUGCGCCGUGAAUACCGCGUCGAGUGCGAGACUGGACAACCACAAGUCGCUUACCGCGAGACAAUUACCAAGCGCGUCAACUUUGACCACACACUCAAGAAGCAGAGUGGUGGAUCAGGAGACUUCGCCCGUGUAGUAGGCUGGAUGGAGCCGAGCGAAGCCCUAGGCGAGAACAAGUUCGAGCAGCAAAUUUCUGGUGGCACGAUUUCCGAAAAGUUCCUCUUUGCCUGUGAAAAGGGUUUCAUGGCCUCAACAGCCAAGGGACCACUUCUCGGCCACAAGGUCCUGGGUACUUCCAUGGUCAUCAACGACGGAGCUACCCACGCUGUCGAUUCCUCGGAAAUGGCUUUCAAGAAUGCUACACAACAGGCUUUCCGCAAAGCCUUCCAAGCUGGUGCGCCACAGGUCCUUGAACCGCUUAUGAAGACCACCAUCACCGCGCCCAACGAGUUCCAGGGUUCCGUUGUUGGUCUGCUGAACAAGCGUAACGCUGUUAUCAACGAUACAGAGAUUGGUCCUGAGGACUUUACCGUCUACGCGGAUUGUAGUUUGAACAGCAUGUUUGGCUUCAGUAGUCAGUUGCGCGCUAGUACGCAGGGUAAGGGAGAGUUCAGCAUGGAGUUUAGCCAUUACAGUCCUGCGCCGCCGCAGUUGCAGAAGGAGCUCGUGGCUAAGUAUGAAAAAGAACAAAAGGACAAGAAUGCUUGA